AUGGGCGGCUCCGCUUUUGCCCAUCAUUGUCCACCCUACUUCACGCCACGCUUGCCCCGAGCCGUGUAUCAGCACGUGCUCAAGCAGUCAAAGGAGCUCCUCGGACGCUUCUACCGCCAUGUUGCCGCGCCAAUCGACGCGCCCGGCAAAGAGACAUUUGGCGACAUUGACCUCUUGGUCUGUGAGCCGAUAUUAUCUGACCUCGACGAGACGAUAACGUCGCGCGAAAGCGUCGCCCUUACGCUCGCGCGCAUCCUCGCGGCCGAGGCACACAUCGUUCGAAAGGGAGACCCGGUCCUCCUCUUUGCCGUCCCCUUACGCCAAGUCGACCACGCCGAUCUCACGCAUCUUCCUGCCGCCAGCUUUGUGCAAAUCGACAUUCAGACAUGUGCAUCUCACCAGGCCCUCAUUUUCUCGCACUUUUGCGAGUCGCAUGGCGACAUGUGGAGUAUCCUAGGCACCAUCAUUAAUCCCUACGGCCUGAGAAUUGACAAUCGAGGUCUAUAUAUUCGCAUUGCUGCCAUUGAAGCGCUGCACAAGAAGAGAUCUCUCGUCCUUCUAUCCUCCAAUCCAGUCGAAAUCUUGAAUUUUCUUGGCCUCGACACGAAGAAAUGGGAAUCAGAGAUGGAUAGCCUCAAUGAAAUGUUCGAGUAUAUUGCAAGCUGCCGCAUGUUUUCUUUGCCUACCUCAAGGGCUGAAAUGCCUCACGGUGAAUCCAAACCUAUAAAUAAACUGGGGGAAACAGUGCUGAGCUCUAAUUCAGACUGUAUUACAAGCAAUUUACAAAAAUUGAAACGCAGUGAGCGUGUCCGAUACGCAAAACGUCCCGUCUUUACAGCCUGGAUCGACGAAUUUAUUCCUCAGUGCCUCUCUCGGGGCUUAUAUCCGCCCUCCGACCCUCCAUUAACCCGAGAGCAGGUUAAACAGGAGGCAUUCGAGACAUUCGGUGUGAAAGAGGAAUUUGAGGAGAAGGAACUUGUGUGGAUUCUAGAAAGGCACCGCGAAGAGAUUUUGAAAGAAGGCCUGAAAAGCAAUGUGCCCAUAGAUGGUGUCAAUCCCGCGUUAAGAGCGUCGAGUAUCAGAGUCUUAAAAGAGGUAAUUAUUGAUGGAUUGCCUUGGGUCGACGGCAAUCUUCCCCUGGAUGUGCAAAAAGAUGCCAAAGGCUUUCAAGAUAUAGAGAAGAUCCGACGCUGGGUAGAUGCACAUUGGAGGGAAGCAGGGGAAAUCGGGUUUGAGAGGCAGCGUGCAAAGUGUAAUGAAAAUGCUCAAAAAGUACUUGAGAAAAAAAAUGAGAAACCAGCCCAGGCUCAAUGA